AUGGGCAUCCUCACGACGCAGCCCGCCAAGGCCAUCUGGACUUUGGUCGCCAUCGCCAUUGGAGCUGUCAAGCUCCCAUUCUGGCUGGUAUACUACUUGCCCUCUGCAACCCGUCCACAUCCGGCAUGGAGUUACAAGCAGUCAAUUCUGGUCCAGAUCAUCAAGUCAUUCCUAUGGAAUGCUGCCAUGGUCCAGAUGCAGACGCCGCUUUCCCUCUUGCCGCAGGCCGAGAAGGAGCGAUGGGUCGUGGUCGAGCCAGCAUCACAGCCAUCAUACAUCCGAGUCGCCAUUGCUGAUCCAGACAUCAAGCCAGAGAAUGUUGGCGGUACCUGGUAUCCGGCCAAGCCCAGUCUGACAGGCAAGCCAGGCAUUGUUGUUCUGCACUUUCACGGUGGAGCAUAUGUCAUUGGAGAUGGCAGGACGAAGGAUGCAGGAUUCGCUGCCAAGACCUUGAUCGCCAACACUGAUGCUACUCAUGUCUUUGCGCCACAAUACAGAUUGUCUUCAAACAAAGGCUGCCGCUUCCCAGCUGCUCUUCAGGACGCCAUCACAACUUACGCGUACCUCGUCAAGAAGGAGGGCAUUUCGCCUGAUAAGAUCGUGCUAUCUGGUGAUAGUGCUGGCGCUAACCUCGCCCUCUCGCUCACUCGGUACCUUACAGAGAACGGCGAUCAGGUCGGUCUCGACACGCCUCUGGCUACUUGGCUCUGGUCCCCCUGGGUUUCUCCCGCAGGAUCGUUGACACAUGAGGGUUUCAACAGCAGCCCGAACAUCAGCACAGACUACAUCACCGCCGCGUUCGGUCAGUGGGGCGCACAGACUUAUCAGCCUAAUCCCAAGAGUGGUAUUACUUUGGACCACCCGUACAUCAACUUUGCUAAGCAUGCUUUCUCGACACCAGUGCCCAUCUAUGUCUCGACUGGAGAGUGUGAAGUCCUCUUCCAUGACGAUGUCAAAUUGGCUGAGGAUAUGAAAUCUGUCAAGGGAAAUGUCGUUGAGUUGCAGAUUGAGGAACAUGCUGUACAUGAUACCAUUUUGACUGGCGCGAUCAUGGGUUUCGAGAAAGAGGCCGUGAAGGGAGCCAAGAGGGCUGGGGAGUUUUUGCGAAAGGUGAACAGAGGCUGA